CGGCGGGCGGGGAGAGCGGGCACCGGCCCCGGAGCGCCCUGCCCGCCCGGUGUCCUCCCGCGAGGCGGCCUCGCUUCGCUCCCUCCCUCCCUCCCCGUCGGGCGCAGUGGGGCCCGGCCGGCCGGCCAGGUAUGAAAGUCUGGAAUCCCAGAAGUCGCCAGAGCAGAGCCGUGUGGAGGUGCCACCUCCUGGGCACCAGCACCUUGGUCAAGAGAGUGGGUCAUGGCUCCCUCCUUGGCAGCGCCCUCAUGAGAAAGGCCCUUGGCCACUGCUGCAUCCCUGGGAAGUGGUCCCGCAACCAUUGGGUUGCCCUCUCCUCUGCCCUCCCUGGACAGGUUGUGCUGAUGUAAAGUUCCAGGUCUUCGUCAGAGAGGCGGGACACCUGACGGCAAGAUGAUGAAGACCACGGGGCCGGAGCCCAACCCUGCCAGCCCAGGAGCCAAAUGGGCUUGUCCUGGGCAGGAGGUGGUGGUGAAAGAGGAGCCAGGGGAGGAGCUGUGCAUCGGAUGCCCGCAAGGCCUGGCAGAGGCAGGGAGGCUGUCGCCCUCUGGUACCCGAGCAGGGACCAGGCCAGAGAUGGUGAUCAAGGAGGAGCCGGAGGACACCUCGUACAGCGCAGGCCCCUUGGGGGACAGUGACAGUGAUGGGGAGUCCAGCAGGGACAGCGCGGGUUCCUCUGACACCAAGCCUGAGGUGAUUGUGAAGAUGGAGCCGGAGGAGGACGAGGAGGAGAAGGGGGGCUUCGGCUGCUCCCCAGCCCCUGGGCCUGCUCCUCUGGUUGGCUGCUCGGAGCUGCGUCCCAAUGUGCCGCACGGGAAGGUGGGCCGGGAACCAGGCAGAAGGAGACCAGAAGGAAGUCCUUCCCAGGGUGCCUCCAAGAGGAAAUGCAGCGCAGCUCAGUGGGUGCAGAUGAGCACUCCUGGGGUUCAAGAUGCGGCGCCUGCUCCCGGAGGAUCCAGCGGCGCUGCGGAAAAGCCGGCUCUGUUAGUCUCUGGUGCGGCGGAGUCCUGCGGGCGCCCCAAGACUCAUGCUGCUGAGCGGCCCUUUGCCUGCAGCGUGUGCGGGAAGCGGUUCCAGCACCGGGGCAACCUGGUCACCCACCUGCGAGUGCACACGGGGGAGAAGCCCUUCCCCUGCGUGGAGUGCGGGAAGAGCUUCAGCCAGAAGGGGGACCUGAUGCGCCACCUGCGCAUCCACACAGGGGAGAAGCCCUUCGAGUGCACCGUCUGCAGCAAGAGCUUCUGCUCCAAGCAGACCUUUGUGCUCCACCAGCGCAUCCACACGGGGGAAAGGCCCUUCUCCUGCGCCGAGUGCGGCAAGGCCUUCAACCGCAAGGCCAACUUUGUCACCCACCAGAAGAUCCACCGGGGCGAGCGGCCCUUCGUCUGCAGCGAGUGCGGCAAGGGCUUCUGUGCCAGGAAGACCUUCGUCCUACACCAGAAGAUCCACGUGGGGGACCGGCCCUUCGGCUGCCCCGACUGCGGCAAGAGCUUCAGCCGCAACGGGGACCUAACCCGGCACCGGCGCAUCCACACUGGCGAGCGGCCCUUUGCCUGCGCCGACUGCGGGAAGCGCUUCAGCCACAAUGGGGAGCUGAUCAAGCACCAGCGCAUUCACACGGGGGAGAGGCCCUUCGCCUGCUCCGAGUGUGGGAAGAGCUUCAACCGCAAGGGCACCCUCGUCACCCACCGGCGCAUCCACACAGGCGAGCGGCCCUUUGUCUGCGGCGAGUGCAGCAAGACCUUCAACCUGAAGACCACCCUGAUGAAGCACCGGCGCAUCCACACUGGGGAGCGGCCCUUUGCCUGUCCAGAGUGCGGGAAGCGCUUCAAGUAUAAGGGGAACCUGCGGACACACCGCCUGACGCACACGGUGGCGCGCGUGUACCCAUGCACGGAGUGCGGCGUCAUCUUCAGCCAGCGGAAAGAGCUGAAGGGUCACCAGGCGGCCCACGCGGGGAACCAGUUGCUGCCCUGCUACAGGGACGAUGGAGAGAACGUGAACCCCCUCCUCCAGGUGCGCCCCCUCCUCCUCUCCUGCCCCCCACUUCCGAUGCCUCUGGAGGCCCUGAGCAAGUUCAAGCAGGAAGCCGGCUGCAAAGGCCUCAAAGUCGAGGAUGCUGAUGCCUAGGCCCCGGGGUCAGACUUGGGGGCCGGGGGGGUGCUGUGCGAUUUAUCUCCGGGACUCUGUUUUUGUGGGGAACAAGGCUCUUCCACUCCGGAGAAGCAGAGGAGCAGGACGCUGCUUGGGGGAUUCUCUGCCACAAGACGGCAGCCCCUCUUGCAAAGGGAGCCGUCCGAGCAUUUCAGAGGGGCAGUUUCCAGAUCCUUAGUGUAGCAAGCUGGCGUUAGGUGUCCCUGAGGGGAAGGGCUCUUAACAGCGGGAAGGACAACCUGCCACUGUAGCUCAAAAUCCAGAUGAGACUAAUCUUCUGAAAGAGUAAAGGCCGUAUUGUUAUCAGGAACGUUUCUUUUUUACCCUACCCAUCUCAAGGGGGGGGGGGCUUGAGCCCCUGAAAGAAACAGGAAUAGGGGGAAGCAACAUACAACAAACGUAGCCAAGUAUGGAGCAGCCUUCCCGAAAGGG